AUAUAAAAUUAUGUAUACCUAAAACCUCAAAAGAAUCUAAAGAAACAGAGAAACACAUUGUCAAAAUUAAGUUAAUAUAGAAGAACUCACAAAGGCCUUGCCAACUACUCCUAGCUACACACCCGUGUAUAUAUACAUAUAUAUAUACGUACGCCAUGGCAGUGCCUUUGCGAGUGCUCUCAUCAUCAAUUUCAUCAGUAUUAUUGGUUUUUGUUCUUGUGGUGGUGCCUGAUCAUAAUAAUUAUGUCCAUGCCCGUGGCAGAGUACAUCAUUUAUGGAGAGGACACAAGUCCCCAGUGUUGCAUCACAAGCACCAUAGGCCAAGGUUCAGACCAGGUCAAUGGAAGAGUGCUCAUGCUACCUUCUAUGGAGGCUCUGAUGGCUCUGGAACGAUGGGUGGAGCUUGUGGCUAUGAAGACCUAAAACAAGAAGGGUAUGGUUUACAGACAGCAGCUCUGAGCCAAGCUUUGUUCAAUAAUGGACAAACCUGUGGAGCUUGUUAUGAGAUAGUGUGUGUGAGUCACGAUCAUUGGUGCACGCCUGGUCACCCACCCCUCUUUAUCACAGCAACCAAUUUUUGCCCGCCAAAUUUCUAUCAAUCCAGUGAUAAUGGAGGGUGGUGCAAUCCACCACGCGAGCACUUUGAUAUAGCCCAGCCAGCAUUUCUCAAGAUUGCUGAGUACAAAUCUGGCAUUAUUCCUGUUCAAUAUCGAAGGGUUUCAUGUAAGAAAGUAGGAGGAAUCCGAUUCACAAUAACCGGAAAUCCUUAUUUCAACUUAGUGUUGAUAUGGAACGUUGGAGGGGCCGGAGACGUGGUGAGUGUGCAGGUGAAGGGUCACGACAACUUGAAAUGGACGACGAUGAAGCGAAACUGGGGUCAGAAAUGGGAGACUAACGCCAAGUUGGUAGGGGAGUCGGUCACCUUCCGAGUCCAUGCAAGUGAUGGUAGAACUACUACUUCAUGGCACGUUACCCCCAAAAACUGGCAGUUUGGUCAGACCUUCGAAGGCAAGAACUUCAAGUAGAAAAAAACUACUUUCCUAUAUAUAUAUAUAUAUAUAUAUAUAUAUAUAUAUAUAUUUGUAGAUAUGGAGAUUUUCUCAAGUCUUCUUCUACUUCUCUAUACAUUAGGCUUUAGACUUUAGUACUACGGAUGUCUAGGCAUGGAAAAGUUGUUGCACUUCCAUGUUUAUUAGGCAACAGUGUGUGUUUUAUCCUAAUGACACCGAAUUGCCUGUCUAAUCGAAUGAUUUUAAUAGAUUAUUUUUGCAAAAAUACAAGUAAGUGAAGGAUCUCACUUUCUUAUUUUUUACAUAAAUGACCUAUUAAAAAUAAUAGAUAUGAUAAUUCAUUGUAAUUACUCGGUAUAAAAAUCAUUUUCCUUUUAUC